UGUGUUUGGGUCCUAACCCAGACCGCUUUCCCAAGAACGCAAGUCACUGCCAGUGGUGCAGAAAAGCCAAUAACCGUGUGGCAGUUCCGUGUAUUUACUCAAUUCCUCAUUUUUAUAAGAGAAAAUUAUCACUCAAGUUCAGAGUCCAUUUUUAGAGAAAAAGCGUCUGUAACUCUGUAUAUUCAAGAAAAUCCAAGAUUUUCUUUCACUGAAACCAUAUGGAAGAUCGCAAGGAGAGGAAUGAACCAUGGUUGUCUGUCCCACAAUUUGGGGACUGGGACCAAAAGGGUCCGUUGCCCGACUACUCCAUGGAUUUUUCAAAAAUCAGAGAAAUGAGGAAGCAAAACAAGAGGGAUCCAUCAAGAGCUAGUCUCGGAAAUGAGGAAGAGCUCAUCUCUUCAACCACGAGAAAUGCAAAAACUGCCCACAAUGAUGAUCACCAGGACUAUGAUCAAAACCACCCUCCAGCGGCAAGGAAGAGCAUUCUGAGCUGCUUCAGCUGCUGUAUGAAGGCCUGAUUUUGGCGGAGUUACGACAACAUUUCCCUGUUUCGAUCAUUUCCCAGAAAUUAGGGAUUAUUUAGCCGUUGUCAUGUCUCACAUAAGUAAUUAUUCGAAUUCGUCUUGCUUCAAAUUCUUGUCUUCCUUGUUUAUAUGGACUUGUGUAAUUUCUUGCACGCGUAGAAAGUUCAAUGAAACUUUUUUUUGAGUGCACCAUGAUAAAUCUGUAAAGAGCCAAUAUUUGGCCAGCCAACUAGCUGCAAACCAGAUCAGAGAAGGCAUUUAUUGGGUUAUAUUAUACUAUUUCUUUAUGAUUA